AUGGGUUUUUCUAAGAAGCAUCAAAUUGAGGGAGGGAAGGAAUCAGAAUCCAAGAAAUGGUUAAUUGCUGGUAAACCUAUAUGGGCUCCACUGAAAUCGAUAUCGACAGAACCUCAAGAGGGAUGUGAAGAUGAAGACGCCCGUUCGACAACUCCAACCGGAAGAGAAUCGAGGAUAACGGAGAAAUUGCGAUGCCCGCCCGCCCCCCGGAAGCGCCGCCCUGCUGCCUCCUGCCAUUUUAAUGGUGGUAGAGAGUUCUUUAAUCCUCCGGACUUGGAAUCCCUAUUUAUCCGCCAUGCUGAGAGAUCCAAUUGA